CCGCGCUGAGAAUCAGAACCACUUAACUUGGAGCCUAAGGCGAAGCUGCGUCGACGUUCUCGUCUCUCUGGACUCCUGUGGCCGCUGAAAUUUCUCCAGGUCAGCAAAUCGGCUAUAAAAUCCUGAGCUUUUUUCCGGCGGGGAAAUGAUACAGCGAUCGAAGCUCGCGGAGGAGCUCAGAGACUACCAGAUCCGAUCGCAGCGCAAGUACUGGGUUGUCCUCUUGUGCUUCUCCGCCAAACCCCAAAUUUCCACCAGGCAGGACAUCGCGAAAGCUAUUCUAUGGGGCUUCCUAUUUCUUUUAUUGGUUUUAUCCGCCUUUGUUAGCCUGCAUUUAAAAUUUCAUAAGCUUUCCGCUCUUUGUAUUUUUUUGGGAAUUCUUCUUCCUACCUGCCUGUGGAUAUCUAGGCAGAGACAGCUUGCUAAGAAAAGGGAAAGAAGAAUGCUAUUACCUUUAUCCAUGAACUGGAUAAUAGCAGCUCGUUUGAUCUAUUUCAAGCUUUGGACUUGAGCGAGGCUUUCAUUAAUUGUAUUUUGCUAAGGUAUGUAAUAUUUUAUGUCUGAACAUUUUUUAUGAGCUAAUCCCCAUUGUCUUCUACCGCUGAUUUCAUUGAUGAUUAUAGCCUAUCUGAUACGAACAAUUAUUACGUCCUCUGGCCGGACGUAGAGCUACGUUCGGCCGCCAAUAACAUGUCGGCGCGUGCUCUUGCUCUUUACCGCGCGGCUCAACGACUUGACCCGGUCCGGAACCCGGGAAUGCUAUGUUAGCGUAUUGCUAGGUAAAAACUCGGUACAACUCGGUAUUUGCUCGGUAUUGCUUGGCAAUAAUGAGAAAUACUGCUACGUGAAGA